AUGAACGAAAUUCUGUCCGAUCCUUCUCCCUCGCUGCUUGCCAGUGCUGCCGCCGUGGCAACUGUCGCCCUGUAUGCAAUCAACAAGACCCGCGAAAGGUCCGCACGGAAUUCCGCUCUGCCGCCAGGACCUCCUGCAGAGUGGUUCUGGAAGAAAGCAAUCCCUGCCAAGGACACCCAUCUGGCGCUGGCCGAAUGGACUAACCAAUACGGGCCUGUAUUUACCGUGCGUCAGGGAAACAACAUCACUAUCGUCGUGGGUCGCAUGCAGGCUGCCAUCGAUAUCAUGGAGAGGCAGGGUGGCGUUACCCUAAGUCGGCCGGAAGCUGUCGUUGGCGGAACGAUGCUCUCGCAAGGGCGACGUCUCCUCAUGCGACCUGCAGGUGACGUUUUCAAGAGGAUGCGGAAUACUGUGGAUAGAGCUGUGCACGAGCCUCUGCAGCCAAAGGUGGCGAAGACUUAUUCGCCCGUCCAAUUCGAGGCUGGGAAGAAUUUUGUCCUCAACAUCCUCGAGCGCCCUGACCUUUUCAGCCACUUCGCAGACCUUUACGCUACUGCUGUCACUCUCAAGAUCACAUACGGGAAGUCUGCGCCUUCUACAUUCGACGACCCUGAUGUCGUCCGCAUUCACAAGAUAACUGCUCGCUUCUUGGGUACUUUAAAACCAGGGAUCUACCUGGCGGAGCGGUUUCCCUGGCUGCAGCACGUACCUGGGUAUGCGCCGGAGAUAAAGCAGUACCGCGAAGAAGAGCUGGCGCUAUUUCAAGAACAAGUCAAUAAGACGCGUGUGUCGAUGGGAGAGAAAUCUGAGAGGCCCUCGUUCGUGAAGUAUAUGCUCGAGAAUCCAGAGGCGCAUGGAUUAGACGGCGACACACUUGCAUACUUGGCAGGGUCUUUGUACGGUGCUGGCUCGGAGACGACAGCGGUAGGCAUCACGAGGAUCAUCAUGGCUGCGGCACUCCACCCCCAAGCUCAAGAGAAGAUGGUGACCGAAAUUGACACGCUCAUCGGGGAUCGAGAUUUAAACACGACGACAGCACCCACAUGCGACGACAUGGGCCACUUGCCCCAGCUCGAUGCGUUCGUGCAGGAGGCACUGCGCUGGCGGCCGAUCGUCCCUCUCGGCUUCAACCACAAGGCGACAGCCGACUUUGCUUGGAACGGGUAUCAUAUUCCGAAAGGCGCGACGAUCCUCGGGAAUCACUGGGCACUCUCGAGGGACCCAGAUAUGUUCCCGGACCCAGAGAAGUUCGACACCCAACGCUGGCUCGAUGCGCAGGGAAAGCUCAGGCCGCAAAACGAGAUCAGGUAUUUCUACUACGGCUUUGGCAGACGGCCAAUAACAAACAACCCAAGGGUGUGCCCCGGCCAAUACGUCGCCAACCGGUCCCUCUUCAUCACCACGGCUCUGCUGUUCUGGGCGUUCCGCGUGUCGGAGGACCCAUCAGCCCCAAUCGACCCGAACGCGCUUGACGGCGGGCUCAUCGCGCAUUCGCUGCCGUUCAAGGUCGUGUUUGAGCCGAGGCGCAACGUGGAGGAGAUCAAGCAAGCGAUGAGGAGCGCUGACUGA